CGCGGCAAGUGCAGCUGCUUCAAGAUGAGGUGGCAGAUGGGAGUGAGCGCAGGUGGCCAAGGCAAAGUCACAGCCGGAGAAUAAUGAUGAAUGGAGCAGCGGGACCCUCGCACAUGGACCGUCGCGAGCGGGUUCUCAAGUUAGGCGAGAGUUUCGAGAAGCAUCCGCGCUGCGCCUUCCACACUGGUUCAACUCCACCAGUAACUGUUUUCAAAGGUUCAAAGAAACCUUACUUAAAGGAAUGCAUUUUAAUUAUUAACCAUGACACUGGAGAAUGCCGACUAGAAAAACUCAGCAGCAACAUCACUGUAAAAAAAACAAGGUACCCGGCUAUUGUUCCAUUUUAUAAAAAUCCAUAUCUGUCUCUAUUUUUAGAUGAUUUCAAACCUGCUUCUAUUGACACUUCCUGUGAAGGAGAGCUUGAAGUCGGCAAAGGUGAACAGGUGACAAUAACUCUGCCAAAUAUAGAAGCUGUGGCUGGCCAGCAGGAGCAAGGCCAGGCUGCCAUAGCCACUGUCCAUCAUGUCGCAUUCCCCCAUCUAGGGCACUCACAGUGUGGUGCCAGGCUGGUCCAGACCCUGGCAGAGUUCCUGGACUCCAGAAUCCCCCAGCUUGUUGUUGCUCAUCUGCAGUAUCCACGAGAUACUGUUUUGGGGCAAGGUUGUGCCGAAGUGGUGGCAGCAGAUAGCCAACUGAAGGCAGAAGCUAGUCUAAUGGACCAGAUGAGUAGUUGUGAUAGUUCAUCGGAUUCCAAAAGUUCAUCAUCUUCAAGUAGUGAGGAUAGUUCCAGUGACUCAGACGAUGAAGAGUGCAGAUCCUCUCCUUCUGAUCCAGGGAAUUAUAUCUCAGGACAUCCUGCCAUGUCUGCCAUGCCACAUUGCAGGAUUCCUGAUAUGGAUGCUGGCCAGAAUAGAUCUCAUGACAACAGUAGCCUUCUGAUGAAUACUUUAAGAAAUGAUUUGCAGCUGAGUGAAUCAGGAAGUGACAGUGAUGAUUGAAGAAACAUUCAGCUAUAAAUAUAAAAUUUGUAAGACGUGAUAAUUUAUUUUAUAUUAACAAUAAAGAUUCCUAA